GCAAAUCUGGACACGGACGCAAUCCGGGAGAUGAAAUGCUAAGUAGAUGAGGGGAUUUUAUUAUUACGAAGCGCGUGAACCGCGUCCUGGUUAGGAUGCUAGCCUGGCGCCCACUGAGCAGUGAGGAUUGACUGGCCCUUCAGCUUCUACCUCCUUGCUGCUCCUCUUUUAGAGCGUCUGUCCAGGUGCAUUCAGCGCCGUGGAGGUGGACGGAUCCGGCGGUCGUUUCUCGGAACUUAAUUGAUCGAAUUUGUUAGGUCUAACAACAUGAGAGAGAACAGUUUCCUCCAUAUUGUCUCUGGGCUUCUUUCUUGUCUUCUUUUCUGCCUUGUUAGAGCAGAUGACCCUUACAGAUUCUUGACGUGGACUGUCACCUAUGGGACAAUCUAUCCUCUUGGCGUAGCCCAGCAGGGUAUACUCAUCAACGAGCAGUUCCCUGGUCCUCGUCUAGUUUGCAUGACCAAUGACAACAUCAUCCUGAACGUCAUUAACAAGCUGGACCAGCCUUUCCUCCUUACCUGGAAUGGCAUCAAACAGCGGAAGAACUCAUGGCAAGAUGGAGUUCUUGGAACCAAUUGCCCUAUCCCACCAGGAGGAAACUACACAUACAGAUUCCAGCCUAAAGAUCAGAUUGGAACUUAUUCUUACUUCCCUUCAAUUGGCAUGCACAAAGCUGCUGGAGGGUUUGGUGGUCUUGUCGUUGUUAAAAGGCCUUUCAUACCUGUUCCUUAUUCUCCUCCUGCUGGGGACCAUACAGUGCUUAUUGGUGACUGGCACAAGGCCAACCAUAAGACUUUGCAACAUUUCCUGGAUGUGGGCAUUCCAUUGCCUUCCCCUGAUGGAGUUCUUAUCAAUGGUCAGCAACAGUCUUCCACCUUCAAUGUGGAUCAAGGCAAAACCUAUAUAUUUAGGAUCUCUAAUGUGGGCUUGGAGUCGUCAUUGAACUUCAGGAUUCAGGGUCAUAAGCUGAAGCUGGUAGAAAUUGAAGGCACACAUCCACUUGAAACUGUUUAUGAUUCUCUGGAUGUGCAUGUUGGACAAUCAAUGGCUGUUUUGGUCACGGCUGACCAGCCUGCCAAGGACUAUUACAUCGUUGCAUCUACCCGUUUCACUCCGCGCGUUCUCACUGCUACUGCGGUUCUGCAUUAUACCAACUCCCAUACCCCUGUGUCGGGACCUAUCCCUGGUGGCCCUACUUACCAAGUGGAUUGGUCUCUCAACCAGGCCAGAACAUUCAGAUGGAACUUGACAGCAAGUGCAGCAAGACCUAACCCUCAAGGAUCCUUCCAUUACGGCCAAAUUGUGCCUUCCAGGACAGUGGUUCUCGCGAACUCUGCACCUAGAAUUAAUGGGAAGCAACGUUAUGCAGUCAAUGGCGUCUCCUAUAUCAACCCUGACACGCCCUUGAAGCUUGCCGACCACUUCAACAUAGCUGGAGUGUUCAGCCUCAACAGCAUUCAGGACUGGCCUUCCGGAAAUGCUGCAUACAUGGGCACUUCCGUGAUGGCCGUUACUUACCAUGCUUUCAUGGAAAUCGUUUUCCAGAACACUGAAAGUACCCUUCAAUCAUGGCACCUUGACGGCUACGAUUUCUGGGUUGUGGGGUAUGGUUUGGGACAAUGGUCUCAAGCUAGCAGAAAAACCUACAACUUGGUAGAUGCUCCCGCCAGAUACACGGUUCAGGUGUACCCAAAUGCCUGGACGGCAAUUUAUGUGUCGUUUGAUAACGAGGGGAUGUGGAACCUGAGGUCUGCAAUGUGGGGGAGGCAAUACCUUGGUCAGCAACUCUAUCUCCGAGUUUGGACAGCCGAUAAGAGCCUCGCAAACGAGUAUGACAUACCAACCAACGCACUCCUUUGUGGUAGAGCCAAGGGGUACCACGUUUAGAAGAACCGAACGAGGGUCUUCUUCUCGUCCUUCGGUCACGAGAGGGUGACCGCGGGUAAAAAUUCGCCAUAGAUUCUUCUCUUUCAACGAAGAUUUGGAUUUUUUGUCCUUGCCCUUUAGAGGGAAACGGACAAAUUGUUUGUUGUAGCUGGCAAGCGUGCUCGGUUAAUGCAGUAAGAAGAGGAUGGUAUGAUGUUGUCAUUGAACUCCCCCAUUUUUCAGAAGAAAUUGACGGUAACAGUUGGUUUUGUUUGUGUAUUUGACUGGCUUCAAGGGAAUAUCAAUGAUGCUGCCACUUUUUCCCCCUUUUGUAA